GGGUCAGGGAUUCAAACGAAACAAGAUACCGUGCACGGCGCCUAAAUACGGCGUGUCACAGAUGGUGGACAGUGCGGGUUAUUUUUAACUUGCUGGCUGCUUUCGGUCAGUAGUGUAGGGGACAGUGCUAAUCACUAUGACAGUGCUAAUGGCAGUCGGGAAAUGCUGAUCACAAUAUAAUUGAACAUUUGGUUGUUAAAAACCGUUAGAUAUACAGGAAUAGCCAUUUGAGCUCUCGUGAUGAUUAAAUUUCAGCCAGGCAAUUAAGCACCCGGUCUUAAUCUAAUCCUAUGGGAUGUUCCGGCGGAUUAGGAUGUAAUGCAGCAAUUUAGGAGUUGCGAGUGUUUUGUGCAAAGCACCGAACAUUUCGGAGAAUCCAGCUGCGAUAGAAAUGCAUGUCCUCGACAAUAACACUUUGGCAUGUGGCUCGUUAGAUGUAGAUGUUAGAGUAAUGCAUUAAAAGUUCAUCCCGUGUUUUAGCUACAGAGGCUUACUUCCUUUUGUCAGAUUUGUGCCGGGGUGUCUAGUAGGCUUCCUGACAUUGUUUUGGUUUUCAUGUCCUCAUGGAGAGAGCAGUUAUCCGCAGAGGCCGGGCAAAGGCUUGUCUGGACACAUCAUGCGUUAUGCAGAUUCAAUGACAUAAAUACAUGGAGGAGGCAUACCCCUGUGAUCUGACAGGCUCAGCUGCUCCCUCCCAGUAAACACGAACCGGACCCGGUGAGCUGGCAGUCCGGAGAGGAGCUGUGAGGGACUGCAGAAGGGACUCAAAGGAAAACAGGAGGGAGAGCGCAGAAACUCCCAGUGUCAGCCGGGAAUCUGACAGUCUUUGCAGGACGCGGUGAAUGGAAUGAAUUCAGGGUGCGACUCGCCGCGGAGGAAAAGCUCAGAGACCUGCCCCAUGGGAUGGAAAAUGAUGGAGGACAAAGGCCCUCGUGUUGCAGACUACUUCGUGGUGGCUGGCCUGACGGAGUCGUCCAAGCCCCUGGAUGAGGAGAUCCACUUUGAUGACGUGUGCCACAAGACAGCCCGGCCCAAGCCCCCCAUCACAGAUGUCACCGUGGUGAUGCGUUCCCUUGGGGAGGAGGUGCCCCCAGGCUACAUCUGUGUGGAGACCACACCCUCGGGGCUGUCUGCCGACCUCAACAGCGGCAGCCUCAUGGGGCCCCAGGUCUUCCUCUGCUACCGUAGAGGCCGGGACAGACCCCCCCUGACCGAUCUUGGUGUGCUGUUUGAGUGGAAGGAGCGGCUGAAGCAGGGCUGCCAUGUCAUCCAGAUGACGCCCUCUGGUCGGUCCGCCAACAUCAGCAGCACGUCGUCACAGCGCAUUUACAUCACAUACCGGCGUGCCCUUGAUGGGGCCGCACACGCCCCACUGGCCGUCACUGACAUCUGCAUCAUCAUCCCCAGCAAGGGCGAGACGCCCCCCCACACCUUCUGCAAGGUGGACAAGAACCUGAACAGCAGCAUGUGGGGCUCCUCAGUUUACCUGUGUUAUAAGAAGUCUGUGGCUAAAACCAACACUAUUGCCUACAAAGCAGGGCUGCUCUGCAGGUACCCCGAGGACGACUACGAGUCGUUCCCGCUGCCCGAAUCCGUGCCCCUCUUCUGCCUGCCCAUGGGCGCCACCAUCGAGUGCUGGCCGUCCCAGACCAAGUACUCCCUCCCCGUCUUCUCCACCUUUGUCCUGACGGGGGCUUCGGGGGAGAAGGUGUACGGAGCUGCUAUUCAGUUCUAUGAGCCGUACCCUCAGGAGCAGCUGUCGGAGCGCCAGCGGCAGCAGCUGGGCCUGGAUGCCGCCAGCGAGCGUGUACCCGCAGCCACCCGCUCGACACACACCAACAAGUGCAUCUGCCUGCUGUCCCACUGGCCGUUCUUCGACGCUUUCCGGAAAUUUCUCACUUUCCUGUACCGCUACUCCAUCUCCGGGCCCCAUGCCCUGCCCAUCGAGAAGCACAUCUCGCACUUUAUGCACAAGGUGCCCUUCCCUUCAUCCCAGAGGCCCCGCAUCCUGGUACAGCUGUCCCCACACGACAGUCUGAUGCUUAGCCAGCCAGUGUCCUCGCCACUGCCUCUCAGUGGAGGGCGGCUUUCCACGCUCCUACAGAACUUGGGCCCUGAGAAUGCCGUCACCCUGCUGGUGUUUGCCGUCACCGAGCACAAGAUCCUGGUGCACUCACUACGGCCGUCUGUGCUGACGAGCGUUACAGAGGCUCUGGUGUCGAUGAUCUUCCCCUUCCACUGGCCAUGCCCCUAUAUCCCGUUGUGCCCGCUGGCUCUGGCUGAUGUGCUCAGCGCCCCAUGCCCCUUCAUCGUGGGUGUGGACUCCCGCUACUUUGACCUUUAUGACCCCCCGCCAGAUGUCAGCUGUGUGGACCUCGACACCAACACCAUUUCCCACAAUGAAGAUAAGAGGGGCCUGAUGUUGAAGGUCCUGCCAAAGAAGGCCUGUAAGAACCUGAUGAACACCCUGAACAACCUCUACCAGCAGCUGGCUGAAGGCUGUCAGAGACCUCGAGAGGAUGGCCUCAUGGAGCUGGCCAUGAGUGACUAUGACUUCAGCAGUGGGAAGAGUCUUCAGACCCUGGAGAUGGAGAUCCAGGAGGCCUUCCUGCGCUUCAUGGCAGCCAUCUUGAAGGGAUACCGCUCGUACCUGCGGCCCAUCACCCAGGCACCCUCAGAGAAGGCCACAGACGCCAGCUCCCUGUUUGACCUGCAAGGUUUUCUGAAGAGCCGUGACCGCUCCCACCAGAAGUUCUACUCCCUCAUGACGAAGACCCAGAUGUUCAUCCGGUUUAUCGAGGAAUGCUCCUUCGUCAGCGAUAAAGAUGCAAGCUUGGCAUUCUUCGAUGAUUGCGUGGACAAGCUGUUCAACACAGAGCGCAGCGCCGACAGAGGAGGCAAGGUGGACAGCGACCGGCCAGAGGAGGCACGGCUGAUCGAGCUGGACGAAUCCCACCGCAGUGAGCAUACGGUUUUCAUCACCCCCCCAGAGAUGCCCCCCCUGCCAGAGGGUGAGGAGUACCCUCUGUGCUACAGCUACAGCGGCUUCCCUGUGUUAAGGCCGGAGCUCUUUGAUCCACUGGAGGGGCUGAGGACCCCUGCCUCUCGCGUAGCUUCGCGACACAGCUGCCCCACAAGUCCCGCCCCUAUGUUCCGCCGAACCAAGCAGGAGAUCAAAUCAGCACAGAAGAUUGCAAAGAAGUACUCCUCCAUUCCCCAGAUGUGGUCCAGAUGUUUGCUGCGGCAUUGCUAUGGGCUGUGGUUCAUCUGCCUGCCUGCCUACGUCAAGGUGUGCCACUCCAAGGUGCGGGCACUACGCACAGCCUACGACGUGCUUCGGAAGAUGCAGGCCAAGAAGCUGCAACCCCCAGACGAGGUAUGCUACCGGGUUCUCAUGCAGCUCUGUGGACAGUACGGACAACCUGUGCUAGCCGUGCGAGUUCUGUUUGAGAUGAAGAAGGCUGGAGUCCAACCAAAUGCAAUCACCUACGGUUAUUACAAUAAGGCCGUCUUGGAAAGCACCUGGCCUUCCAGCACGCGAGGGGGCUACUUCCUGUGGAUGAAACUGAGGAACGUGGUUUUGGGCGUGACUCAGUUCAGACGGGCACUGAAAAAGCAGCAGUCCAACCCAGCGCAGACCCCCCUGUCGGAUGGCAGCGACCUGGACGCCGUCAGUCACGGCAGCCUGGAUAGCUCUAAUGACACUAACAUGGUGGAGCAGGCCCCGUUCGGCACUGACCCAAUCAAAGUAGAUUCUGCUGAUGAUAGAUCUAGCACAGGGGGCCAGUCUGACCUGGGUUACAACUCCCUCUCUAAAGAAGAAGUGCGAAGAGGGGAAGGUGGUCUGCAGGACAGGACGCUGGAGAAGGAGGACUCCAGCUCCCUGUCGGAGAGCGAGAGUGCCAAAGACAGUGGAGACUGCCUCCCGCCGCUGGACUUCCCUGAUGUCAGUGGUCCGUUCCAUCCUCAUGCUGGCAUCGUCCGUAGCAACUAUCCCUAUGACAACACAGCCAAAGAAUCUGACGCCAGCACCGACCAUGUGGCUGGGCUGCUCUUCACUUCCUCACUGGACGACAUUGGGAUCAUCCAGAGCAGUAGCCUCCGCAGGCGGCACAGGAGUGCCAUGGAGGAGGGCCAGAGACGCUUGGACUGGCCUGGGGUCAGAGGUCGCAGCCUGAGCGGAGACACUGCAGGGGGCAUGGUGCUGGGCCUGGGCAUGACCCGGGGCAAAACAGACCCUCUCAGGAUUGCUGAGAAUCUGGGUGCAGAUGCCAGGAUUCUCUCGGGAACAUUCCAGAAGAGCACAAGGCCCAACUCUUUGAACCUUGGCAUGCGGGAAGUGGGGCUCAGGAGCAGCCACAAAGAAAGUGGGGAGAGGGAUUCCAGCGACGAGGAGAAGCCAGACAAUGCUGCCAUCUUCGAUCUGGAGGACCUGGACGAGGAGACAAGCAGAGAGGCCACGGCGGGCGGUGCCCAGGCUGGCCGUAAUAGGGCCACAGAGCCCUGCCCGAGCGGUGGCAGCACCCGUGUGACUAGGAGGAUGGGCAUUGAGACGGGCUUCGACCCGCUCUCCCUGCUCGCGGCCCAAUCGGAAGAGCAGGACUCAGGGGGAGGUGAACCAAGCACCCCCACGGCCCGCCGCAACCUAGCUGAGGAGAUUGAGAUGUACAUGAACAACAUGGGCAGCCCUCUAAGCAGCCGGGCACCCAGCAUGGACCUGCAGGAUGCCUGCAGCCCCCAGCUCCCGGGCGACUCCCCGUCACGUCGUUCCAGCCUGCCCCACGGCUCCCCCGCCCCCCCCCCCAUGCCCCGCUCACGCACCUGCCACCAGCGCCCCCGUGAUCGCCUCUGGUCUUCACCCACCUUCUCACAGGGCAGCAGCCCCCUCAGGGACAGGGAGCCUCCUGCCUCCCCCUCGUUCGCCCUGGACACACUUCUCACCCCCACUCUGGACGUCUUUAAGAGCAGCGUCUUCUCCGCGGGGAAGGGGGUGGCAGAGAAAGCCAGCCGCUGGUACUCCCGUUUGGCCACCUACACCACACCCAGCAAGGAUACAAACUACGACCACCUAAGCGUCUCAUCCUUGGGUGUGGGGGACACAGACCGCAUCUCCCUCGUGGAUGAGGAGUCUUACCUGGAAGCUGAGGUCCCAGGACCCAGCUCACCACAACGGAAUGGUGUUUCAGGCCCCAAGAGGAGCCCUCACAGGACACGAGCGGAGAGCCCUGCACCGCAGCUCCGCUCAGGCGCAAAGCCUCUCCACACAGGCUGCGUUCCGCCUCCGUCCAGCUUUACUCUUCCAGACAAAUCGGAACUGGAGUCUUCGCAGUACACAAGCAAUACCAGCAUCUUUCAGAACUACGCUAUGGAGGUGCUGAUCUCCAGCUGCUCCCGCUGCAAGACCUGCGAGUGUCUGGUUUACGACGAGGAGAUCAUGGCCGGAUGGACGGCUGAUGACUCCAACCUCAACACCACUUGCCCCUUCUGUGGCAACCCCUUCCUACCUUUCCUCAACGUGGAGAUCCGGGAUCUCCGAGGUCCUGGCAGGUUUUUCCUAAAAAGUAGCCCGUCUGCAGAAGAAGCUGUGUCCUCGUCCUACUCGGUCUCCACGGGCCUGGGUACAGGGACGUCCACGCUGUCCACUCCCUGUCCCACCUUGACCAUGUCUCCACGGUCACCCCAAAUCACGAUACAUGGUUGCCCUGGCAACAACAGGAGCAGCUCCCUGGGAUAUUCCGUGGCCCACUGUGUCGAAAUACCAACAGAGCGGCGCCAGGGCGCCCUGUCUCCAGAGCCCACCAUGGUGCGCAGUGUCAGCGCCUUCGGACCCCUGGAGGAGCCCGUCCGGACCAGCCGCUACAUCACAGGCAGCCUGCCCUGCCGACUCAACGAAGUCACGGACCCCUUGAGCAUGGAGUGGCGUCUACACAACCCAGACCCAGUGACAGUGCCCUAUCUGAGCCCGCUGGUGCUCUGGAAGGAGCUGGAGAGCCUGUUGGAGAACGAGGGGGACCAGGUGAUCACUGUGUCGGACAUGGUGGACCAUCAUCCCAUAAUUUUCUGGAACCUGGUGUGGUAUUUCCGCCGUCUGGACCUGCCCAGCAACCUGCCUGGCCUCAUCCUGACCUCAGAGCACUGCAACCGUGGGUCCCAGAUUCCUCGGCACUGGAUGUCAGAAGACAGCAAACAUGUGCUGAUCCAGAUCCUAUGGGACAACCUGAAGCUACAUCAGGAUCCCGCACAGCCGUUCUACAUCCUGUGGAACACGCACCGCCUAAAUCGUACUCUUUUAAUUAAGAAUCUGAACUACCCAGUGACCUGGCCGCUAAGGGAGGAGGAAGACGAACAUGUGGGGAAGGAGCUGCUGCAGAGUGUAGUGAAGAGCAUCCAGAAGAACGAUGUGUACCGACCCAUGAGCCAGGUUCUGCAGUUGGUUGGGCAGAAGCUGGGUGUCCGGAGGCAAAGGAGUUUGUACAGAGAGAUCCUUUUCCUGUCUUUGGUGGCAUUGGGCAAGGACAACAUUGACAUCGAUGCAUUUGACCGGGAGUACAAGAUGGCCUACGACCGUCUCACGCCCAGCCAAGUCAAGCUGACGCACAACUGUGACCGACCACCCAGUGUUGGGGUGAUGGAGUGCCGCAAGAUCUUUGGAGAGCCAUACUUGUGAGCCGGUCACAUGUCUCUCUCUCUCCACCCAACACCUACAACACUAGCAUCCUAAGACUGCAAGGUCCUCAUCAGUGCAGCCUGCUGAAUGGGUGGAGACGGCUUUGGCACAUCACAACAGUAAGACGGCACCCAAUGUACAGUUCCGCCAACUUGGACAGUGUGGCCUCCUCCAUAAAGAAUGGAUGUGCCACCAGAAUCAUGUGGAGUACCAGCCUAUAGGCCUGUCACAGAUGCAGUCUGAAAACAACACCAGGCACCAACCGGUGACUUCCAGAAGACCCCAUACCAGACCACUGCCCACACUUGGAGGGCUUGUGCACAAAAAGACGCUCAGGAAAUAAGAGGUGGUGAGAAGCGAGACAGCGUAGUGCCCCUGGUAACAAACUGAUAGCGGGGGCCCUGUGUGUUAUUACUGCCCCAGAAUAGGGUUCGAUCUGGCAGUAAAGCUCUCGGAUUCUGUAGCAAUUACCAUAAACAGGAAACAGGUACCUGGGUCAAGAGCAGCCUUCUAGAAUUUAGUAAAAAAAAAGAACAGAACAUUUAUGGUCACGUUUUUUGGUUAUAAUGUGGUACUUUUCAAAAACUUAUUUAGAUUAUGUUCUAUACAAUGAAUAUGUCCUGUACAUACUUUUUAAAACAUUUGUAUUAUAUAUUCAUACAUUGAAACUAAUACUGACAAUAUGUCACUUGUAUUCUAUUUAUAAAGAUGCACCAUUAUUUAUUUAUGUCUGCUGUAGCGCUUAAGCCCAGUUUUUACUAUGUGGUGGUUUACUUUCAAGUGAGUGUGUGUGUGUGUGUGUGUGUGUUGGUUAUUAGGGAGGCCUUGUCUUACUAGUGAGUACUGUAAUAACCCCUGUAUGUCUACCUGAACCAUCUGAGGGUUUGAUGGUUUGUGACACUGCAUCAGAGGAGACCCACUUAUUAAGGACUGGAAAAUCUACUUGUACUGUGUGUGUGUGUGCGUGUGUGUGUGUGUAUAUAUAUAUAUAUAUAUAUAUAUGUGUGUGUGUGUGUGUGUGUGUGUGUAGAGUCAAAUUCCAUCCUUUUUAGGAGGGACGUAAUUUUUCAGGGCCCAACGAAGCGGAAUAUAAUGACUGGAAGACUGAUGAUCUAACGUUUAAAAGAUAUAUUUUAAGUGUGUUUUAACACAUUUAUCGAUUGGAGUGGCUCCUCGUUAAAGGUAUCUCUUAAAACUAUACACAGAUUACCAGUUGAAAUCGGCAUUAGAAAUGUGGCUUUGUUUUAAAUACGGAGAGAUAUGAAUGGCUGUUAGUGAACUUUUCAGUGAGGUCCUCGCUAACGGAGGCACACAGUCGUGUUACCUGAAUUGUUCAGCUGCCUAAAAUGGCGGGAGGUGUUUGCUGGAUAGGGAGUGUUUCUUUAAAACGUGUGUAAACGGUUUUUAUAACGGUUUCACUGUGCCUGUCCUUCGUUAGUUUGUAGAGAAAUGCUUUACCAGUUGUAAUCCCAGCGCGUAUACUGCCCAUUAGAAAACCAAAAACCGAUUACCCAAAAUGGUACAUCGAGGCUGUGCGUACGUGUCAGUCUGCGUCUACAUGUAUAUAUUUAUUUUCAUUUACGCGUAGUUAUAAAUUGUGGCAAUUAAUUGCGAUGUAAAUCUGAGAUGGUACAGCUUAGUCAUGCCUGUGCCCGGCUUUCCAUUAAAUUUAAAAUGGGUGUCAUUUCUAUACCUACAGCAGGGUAAGUAGUGAGACCCCCCUCUGCUGUGAGAUGAGAAAUGGCGCGACCGCCUAACUGUGAAAUACGCCGGGAGCGGUAACCCUGCUCCUUUUAUCAAAAUGCCGGGGAAAUGACGGACGUCUUACGCUGGUCUCCAUCUCAUACGGCGAUGCCACGGUUACCGUGCCCAGCCUCCGCCUGUCCUGCCGCCGCGACCCAGUCAUGAAGGACGGCUGGGGGCCCCUCAGCAUCCUGCCUGUUCGGGUGUCACUAGCGGACAAGUUCCGGCUUUUACCGCGUUAAAAUGUAUUCAUAUGGUUAAUUAAUAUGCAUCCAUUACUUUUUAUUUAAAAAGUAGCAAUAGUAACACUUUAGGUUUCCUUCCAUAUUAUAUUAAUACUCACACAUAUCCAUUAAUUUCUCGGAGUGAGAAAUGUGCAUAUUAAGAAAAAAACAAACAUAUAUCCAUAUACAGUGUUACUACGCAUCACACGUUUUCUCUAUAAAUUUAUAUAAAAUAUAGGCAUACGUAUAUCAGUGUUCAGACACAUCUGUACAUGUUUACAACGGCGUAAACUGAAAAUAAUUUUAUUUGUAAAAUAGCUUCUCGGUUAAUCGUUCAUUUUAAUGAAAUUAACAUUAAUUCGCUUCGGAUCAGGAUCUUAGAUAAGACCAUCUCUUUGUGUUAUCUUGGAUUAAAACAGCAUGACUUCUGAACCCGCCGGUAUAAGCUUAAAUAAUUGGUCAGUUUUCACAAACUGUGUAUGUUACGUCAUUCUGUGCAGUGUAAGGAACUAGCAGUUAGCUUGUCCCGCCAUGACAAAUCAUGAUGGCAUUUUCCAAAUAUCAAGCAAACCUCUUUUUGUGAAAUUGUGAAGAAGCACUUCCACUUGUUAAAUACUAAUUUUGAAGCUCUGUGUUUUUUACCAUAUGGGUAUUAUAAAUGAGAACUAGCUGUGCCUUGUGUUUCACUUUGGAGUGGCACGGUCCAUGGGAGAGCUCACAGGAUGUGUGGACAUGCCUAACUGGUAAUUGACAUUUCUAACUGGUUGGCAUGGUGGCAUGCUGCUCACUAGCAGCCCCUAUCACGCUGUGUCCUGCCUGCAGCGCAGCCCUGUGCUGAAGGUCUUGGGGGUCACCAGACUCCCAGACAUCCCAGUCCGUGUUUCCGGAAAAUUCACACCGUUAAAAUGCAGAUGUGCAUUUGCAGUGCAGGUUUGAGUUUCCAUUGAUCGCCUGCCCUAUACAGUAGUGAAUAUGGACCAUUCUGAAAUCAUGAUUUUUAUAAAUUUUUUUGUCACGGGCUCUUUGAUAUUUUUGUGAUGCAGGUCUCAUGAAGUUUCAACUGUACAUGUUGAAAGAUGUAGCUUUACGUGAUUGCAGAGCCUGAACUCACUGACCCACACCAGGCAUUUUGUCUAACGGUGAUCAGUAGCUUCUGGUCAGUGUCAGUCUGAACGCACUGACCUGUUCUCCUGAAAGGCUGACUUUGAGUGUAGGUGCCCUUGUGAAAGUUUCAGAUCUUUAUUUAUAUAAAAGCCAACCGAUAUGUGAGCUGAGUGCUAUGCAAAUGUUAAUCCUUUAUAAAUGUAAAAAAUUAAUAUCUAGAAACUUCUCCAACUUUCUUCCCUAAUCACCCAGCAAGAUGGCAUGGAGCGAGACUUAGACGGUUAAACGUUCUUAACACCCAGCAGCUUCUGUAAUAAUGUAGGAUUACCCUCAGUCCAUGUAUGUGUCACUUAUUCACAGCUGUGUGUAAAAUGUGUAAGGAUUUUAGCUUGAUGUACGUUUUGUCUGCUCUUUUUAGAAUGGACCUUCAAAAAUGUUUACAGAUGUGUACACAGGAAGUACACCUUGGGAUCCAGUAGUGAUGAUGCAUCUUAGACAGGAUCUUCAGGGUCGUCAACCUUUUAAUUGUAAAUAAAUUCACUCAUAAUGCGCA